AUGGAAUUCAACUUGACGCACGCCGGGCGCGAUGCGCACAGCCACGGCGUACUGGCGCACAUACUUUUCGGCAAUCACUCAUUCUUCUAUAAUAACACCGACGAUCUUGAUACAGGGGAGGACUUGGAAGUGAAUACGGACGUAUAUUCCAAAGUGAUCGUCACCAUCAUCUACUUGCUUCUGUUCGCCGUGGGUUCACUGGGCAACUCCAUCACCCUGUGCACCCUCCUGAGCAAAAAUAGUCUGCAGAACCUGCAGAGCACCGUCCACUACCACCUAGCCAGCCUGGCAGUGUCCGAUCUGCUCAUCUUGGUCCUAUCCAUGCCCAUCGAGCUAUACAACUUCAUUUGGUUCCAUCACCCCUGGGUUUUCGGUGACGCAGUUUGCCGCGGCUACUACUUCUUACGGGACAGCUGCUCGUACGCCACCGCCUUCAACAUAGCUUCGCUGAGCGUGGAGCGCUACAUGGCUAUCUGCCACCCGUUUAAAGCCAAGAGCAUCAUGUCACGGAGCCGCACCAAGAAGCUGAUCAGCGGUAUGUGGCUCGCCUCAUUCGCGCUGGCCACGCCGAUGCUUUUCAUCAUGGGCCAAGAGAUGCGCCAGGGAGAGAACAUCUGCACCGCCACCGUGGCCCCUGUCACCAUGAAGACUGUUCUACAGGUGAACGCCUUCUUGUCUUUUGUGGUGCCCAUGGUAGCCAUUUCGGCAUUGAAUGGAAUUAUUGCCAACCAGCUGUUGCGAAUGUUCCACGAGGCAGAGCAAGACAAUCGCAUCUGCAUCAUUGCCGGCAAUCCAACAAUGCUCAACGUCUCAGUGGAGCCCAAUCGGGCUCAGUCACUUCGCCAUGGAGUUCUCGUUCUUCGAGCAGUGGUCAUUGCCUUUGUGGUCUGCUGGCUGCCUUACCACGCUCGCCGUCUAAUGUUCUGCUACGUCUCUGAUUGGUCCAUUACCCUGUACGACUUUUACCACUACUUCUACAUGCUGACCAACGUCCUCUUCUACGUCAGCUCAGCCAUAAACCCUGUCCUCUACAACUUGGUGUCGGCACCCUUCCGUCAGAUGUUCUUCUCUACACUGCGCUACUUUUGCAUGCCUUGCCGUCACUCCCCCAGGAGGCAACCAGGCCCUAUGACCCGCCAUUCACUCAGCAUCUCCAGCAACCAUACCGUCUCCACCAACAUUAUCAAAGAGACAGCCUACUGA